UUUUUUGACAGAGGAUCCAACAGCGCACAGAAAUGGCCUCAUUCAAACCUACAAAAAUUCAGGUUUAUCCUAAACUUGGAGAGAAAGUCACACAAGACACACUGUACUGGAAAAACUACAAGGCUCCAGUCCAAAUAAAAGAAUUUGGAGCAAUCACAAACAUCGACUUCUCCCCAGUGGCUCCACAUAACUUUGCUGUGACAUCAUUUACAAGAAUCCACAUUUAUGGGCCAUUCUCCCAGGAGCCAGUGAAGUCAUUUACACGGUUUAAGGACACAGCGUACUGCGGCAGGUUCCGCUCAGAUGGUCAGCUGCUUGUGGCGGGAUGUGAGGACUCGGUGGUACGGCUGUUCGAUGUCAGCGGCAAAGUGGCACUCAGGAUGUUCAAAGGGCACACAAAGGCUGUGCAUGUGACAGACUUCACCUCGGACCGUUACCAGAUUCUCACAGGGUCAGACGACUACACCUGCCGACUCUGGGACAUCCCAAAUUCCACUGAGCUCAACACCUACCAAGAACAUACAGAUUACAUCCGCUGCGGUGUCACCAGCAAACUCAACAGAGAUCUCUUCAUUACUGGAUCGUAUGACCACACACUGAAACUGUUUGAUGCCAGAGUGGAUAAGAGUGUAAUGACCAUGGAUCACGGCCAGCCAGUGGAGAGUCUGCUUCUCUAUCCCUCUGAAGGACUCCUUGUCUCUGCAGGUGGACGCUAUGUCAAAGUAUGGGAUCUGCUAAAAGGAGGCCAGCCUCUGGUGUCCCUGAGGAACCAUCACAAAACUGUCACCUGUUUGUGUCUCAGCAGCAACGGGCAGAGGCUGCUAUCAGCUUCUUUGGACAGGCAUGUGAAAGUGUACAACACAACCAACUAUAAAGCGGUCCACAACUUUGACUACGCUGCAUCUAUUCUCAGUCUGGCUUUGGCUCCGGAUGAUGAGUCCAUCGUCGUGGGUAUGACCAACAGUAUUCUGAGUAUCAAACACAGGAAGAGCCCUGAAGAGUCAAAGGAUUCCUCUAGCCAACAAAGACGGCGGCCAUCAUAUCGUGUUUUUGUAAAAGGGAAGAACGUCCCUAAACAGGAUGAUUAUCUUGUCAGCAAGCCAGUGAAACAACAUUUGGCUAAAUAUGACAAGCAGCUCAAGAAAUUCAAUGUAUCCAUGGCUUUGGAUACUGCUCUGGAGACAUGGACAAGACAUAGAAAACCAGAGAUCACAGUUGCUGUCAUCAAGGAGCUGGAUCGAAGAGGAACAUUGAAGAAUGCUCUGGCAGGAAGAGAUGAAAAGGGGCUCUCUCAUUUGCUCAACUUCCUUAUAGGGAAUUUGGUCGACCCCAGGUUCGCUCCUGUCCUCACAACAGCGACCGAAAUGAUCCUCGACAUUUAUCAGUCUAUAAUCGGCCAGUCACCAGUUGUGGACCGUCAGCUGUUGCGUCUUCAGGAGCUGCUGGAGAAAGAGAUUGACUACCAGCAGGACCUCCUGGAGGUGCUGGGCAUGUUGGACACAAUGUUUGCCUCCUCCCUCCCGAGGAAGGAGGUGCCAUGCUGUAGCAUCAGCAGACCUAAUGGGCAGGUCGAAGGUGUAGCAAGCACCUCAAGGCCACAGCUCCAGGCCUCCUGAGUCCCAUAAGCGGGGGGGGGCUACUUUACUGUGGGUUAGAGUGCCUUUACAACUCUUAAUGAAACAUCAACAACAAAUCUUUCCUGACAUGACAGACUCUACGUGUCAUAGAUUCACCAGACAUAUUUUGGGUACAGGUUUUAAGAGAGAAGUGACAAACUCGUUGGUCUCACUGUUGUUUUAACUCGACAUGACUGAAAACACAACAGACAACAGAACAUGCGUUUAUGUAUGAAGAUGUAUGGAUGUAAAGCAAAGUGUUGCUCCUUUUUUUUUAUUGGAAGUCUUGUAAUUACACUUUCAACUGUAAAUGUGGUGUGUGUGUGUUUGAAUGGAUCUACUGAAUGUCUGCUUUUGUGUUUUCAUAAUAUUCAACAGUGACAAAUGUUUUAUAAACAAAUAAAAACAAUAAAUGUUUGUAAUAUUGAACCCUGCUCAU